CUUUGUCGACGACAUCACCAUGCUUGCACACCGAACAUUGACUUCCCUGCGUCAGUCGACGCUGCGAACAUGCGGCGCCCUUCGUCACCGCUCCCACUCGGCCGUGCUGAAGGAGUUUGCGCCUAUGUACACCAAGGCCACCAACGGCCAUCACGACGCCGACGCCAUCCCUUAUGAGCCCUUGAACAUCAAUCGAUUGGCGUUCAUCGGAGGAGGCAACAUGGCCGAAGCCAUUAUCUCGGGUAUCAUGGUCCAGGAACUGCUCCCGCCGAACAAGAUUAUGGUGUCCUCUCCCACCGAAGAGUCGCGCGACAAGUUCAACAAAAUGCUGAUUCCUACGGCAGAGAAGAACAAGAAUGCUCUGGUUGGCGCCGACGUCGUUGUGGUCGCUGUGAAGCCGCAAGUGAUUCCCCAGAUCGUUCCCGAUUUGUUAAAGUACAUGGAUCCGAAUGCGCUUGUCAUUUCCAUCGCCGCGGGGGUCACCAUCGACGAAUUCAAAGCGAACUUGGGACCAGACGUGUGUAUCGUGCGGUCCAUGCCCAACACGCCGGCCAUGAUUGGCGAAGGGAUUACAGUGUGGACACAGUCCUCCAACGUCAGCGCCGUCCAGCACGAACUGACCAAGAGCAUUUUGGGCGCAUUUGGCCAUGCAAUCUUUGUCGACGACGAGAACAACUUGGACAUGGCCACGGCCUUGUCUGGCUCCGGUCCUGCAUACUUCUAUUUGGUCGCGGAAGCCAUGAUUGAUGCCGGUGUGCACUUGGGAUUCAGUCGGUCCGUGUCCCAGAAAUUGGUACAGCAGACGAUGCUCGGGUCGGCUCUGUACAUGCAGGCAUCAGGCAAACACCCUGUCGUCCUUCGCAACCAAAUCACAAGUCCAGGCGGCACGACGGCGGCGGCCAUGUUCCGGGCGGAGAAGAGCGGAUUCCGCGCUGUGAUUGCCGACUCUGUCUGGGCUGCGUACAACCGAUCCAAAGAGUUGGGAGCGCAAAAACGAAGUUGAGAAUACAUUGUGAUGGGUCUCGUAACUUGAUGGAUAAACAUAAUGGUAAAUCAUGGGAUAUACUAUU